UCUCACUUGCAGUCUCAAACAAUGAACUACGUGGGGCAGCUUGCUGAGACCGUCUUCGUCACGGUGAAGGAGCUGUACCGGGGUCUGAACCCCGCCACUCUGACGGGCUGCAUCGAUGUGGUCGUGGUGAGGCAGCCCGAUAACUCCUUCCAGUGCUCCCCAUUUCACGUGCGCUUUGGGAAGCUGGGUGUGCUGCGCUCCAAGGAGAAGGUGGUUGACAUUGAAAUCAAUGGGGAGCCUGUGGACCUGCACAUGAAGCUGGGUGACAAUGGAGAGGCCUUCUUCGUCCAGGAGUUGGAGGAAAAUGAGGGCAGCAUCCCCUCCCGCCUCUGCACGUCCCCCAUCCCCACGGAGGAGAGCCUGGAGGAUGCCGGUCAGCCCUCUCAUGGGCAGGAGGCCUCCAACGCUGACGUGUCCCUGCGCAAGAGGAGGCGACGCAGGAGGAAGCCCAAGCGGAAGGUGUCGGACUCCGAGUUAGAAGGCUGCGAGGAGACCAAAAGCGAGAUGUCCGUGGAGGAGCCGAGCAAGCUGCCAGCCCCCAGUGAUUCAGUGUAUUUCUCCUUCGCUGAUCUCCCUGAAGAAGAAACCGGGUCGUUGCAGUCCCCAGAGAUACACCCUUACUCUGAUGGGGAGCUGGCCUCUGCGGACAGCCCCACCCUGAGCCAUCCAUCUUCUCCCAAAAGCGACUCUGAGCUGGAGAUCAGACCGCAGGAGAGUUUUGUUCUAGGGACUGAAUCCCAUGUGCAGUGGACCUGGGGAAGGCUCCCUCAGCCAACACCCGCACCCUGGGAUGGGAACGGCCUCCCCAGGCUGAAGGACAUCCCCAGCGCUGUGGGGGCAGAGAGCUUGUUGGAGGCCUCCUCAGCCACACAAGAGAAACAGGAGGGAGGUGGGAACAUUGUGCCAGAGGUUCAGCCAGAUGUGGAGCCCUUUGAGGGAGCCGCCGCUCCGAGGCAGGUGGGCUCGGAGGGGCCUGAGCCCCAGCUGGAAAGCCAGAGGAGACAAGGAUCCAUCAAAAGAAGUCCUCACUUGGGUCCCAGUGAUGUUUACCUGGAAGACCUCUCCAACCUGGAUGAGGAGCAGGUGGCUCUCUAUUUCCCCAGGAGUGACACAGAGCAGAGUUCAAAGCCUGUGGCAGACCCCAGCAACCCUCUGUGUGUCCAGCUGCCAUCUGACUUACCCGCCGACAGCCCCAUGGAUUCCGACUCUGAUCUGAUGCCCACAAUUGCCCUGUCGCUGUGCGGAGGUCUCGGGGGCAGCAGGCAGAUCUCUCGUGAGAAGUUCAUGGAGCAUGUGGUCUCGUACCAGCAGUUUGCUGAGAAUCCAGGACUCCUCGAUGACCCGAACCUGGUGAUACUGAUCAACAAGAAGUAUUACAACUGGGCAGUGGCUGCUCCCAUGGUCCUGUCCCUGCAGGCUUUCCAGAGGAACAUUCCUGAGAGCACCAUCGACCAACUGGUGAAGGAGAAGAUGCCCAAGAAAGGCAGCAGGUGGUGGUUCUCCUGGAGGAGGAGAGAAUUCCCAGCAGAGGAGCAGUCGAGGCCAGGGAAAGCCAACGUGGGGACGCUGCAGCAUGACUCUGCUGAGCAGAGGCAGGAGGAGGAGGUGUCAUCCAGUGACGAUGAGCCCCUGCACCCUGGGGACAUGUUAGCAGUGGAUGCCCCUGCACAGAAAUCUCAACCAACCUACAAGAAAUCCCUGCGGCUCUCCUCUGAACAAAUUGAGAGGCUGAAACUGCAGGACGGCCCCAAUGAGGUGGCGUUCAGCGUGACGACUCAGUACCAGGGCACGUGCCGCUGCGAGGCCACCAUCUACCUGUGGAACUGGGACGACAAGGUGGUGAUCUCGGACAUUGACGGCACCAUCACCAAGUCGGAUGCUCUUGGGCACAUCUUGCCACAUCUGGGAAAAGACUGGACUCACCACGGGAUUGCUAAGCUCUUCCACAAAAUCCACCU